GCGUUACCAAGUUCCAUCAUCAACCUAAACCACUAAUCAACCCUUGAUCUCUUUCUCAAAAAAAGAUUAAAAAGAGAAAAGAAAUGCAUAUAAGAGAUCAUCAACAAUGGAGAGUAUGAGAAACGGGGAAGAAAAAGAUUCUCACUGGAUCCCAUUUACGUUCUUUGAUCAAUCUUCACUAACGAUUCCUAUCUUGAAGUGUCUCGGUCUCGAAAGAUCAUCUUCUUCUUCUUCAUCUCACAGCGAGGAAGAUGACGGUAUAAUUACAAAGGAGGAGGAAGAAGAUGCUAUGACCACCGUUGAAAUCACAACUCGACGGUUGCAGAAGAGACCCAAGCUUCCACCAAGCACAGGAAACGGAGGAAAACACCAUUAGGGGGUUCAUAUAUACAACAGAGAGACCAACGAACAAAACAAAUGCAUAUGUAUACAGACUUAGCAGCUGUUCAAGUUCAACCUGUUUGGGCCUAAUUUCUUAGAUCCAUUAAGGGUAUGUAAUGGUAAACUAUUGGCCCAUUAAUAGUGUCAGAUGAAA